CCUUUCUUCCUCCUUUUCUUGAACAAACUUCUGACUGACAUUACAAGUACAGCCAGUACAGAUGCAAACUGGUACAGCCUUGGCACUAUUCAGUUCAUCCCAAAUCAUCUUUAUCUUGGUGAAAAAAUCAGUGAUGCUGCUAUCUCCUUGAGAAACUUCACUUAGACUUUGUUGCAAUCCAUAGAAUUGUGGUCCUGAAGUAACUGAAAAACGUUCUUCCAAAUCCUUCCAAAUGUCUCUUGCAGUUGGAAGAAACACUACACUUUUAGCAAUUGUAGGACUCAGAGACCUUAACAAGUAUGCCAUGACCAUGCUGUUGCAUCUAUCCCAUGCUUGAUAGUCUGCAUGAUUGAGAGCUGGUUUAGGCAAAGAUCCAUCAAUGAAACGAACUUUGUUUUUGACUGCAAAUGCUAACAAUAUGCCUCUCUUCCAUUCUGCAUAACCCUCUCCAUCAAAUUUGUCUGAUACAACUGCAGCAUAAGGAUUUUCUGAAGUAUGUAUGAAGUACACACUGUUAGGAUCUUGCAUUGCUUCUGUUCCCAUGAUAAACUCAAGAGAUAAUCUUCAAGAAACGAAACAGAGAAUUUUGAUUGAACUUUGAUUUGAAUUGUCAGGAUUGUUUUCUGAUUUUGAUUAACAGAUUCUGGAAGAAUUGCUAAGAAAAAAAACUUGCUGCUGUUCUUUUAACAGUUUUAUUGAAAUGCGGAAAGCUUAGCAGGAUCUGUAGCCUGCUCUGAUACCAUGAAGAAGUUCUUGAAUUGGAACUUCUGAUUGAGAGAAGAAGAGAAGAGAUUUUAUUGAGUAAGAAUCAGAAUGAUUCUUGUUACAGAUUACAAGAGGAAGCACACCAGCUUAUAUACUAGUGUGUUAGUUUUCUAGGCAAACAAACACAGCUGAAAGAGUUAGUUAUAACUAACUAUUACAUCAUGUAACAACUUGUGCCAUGUCACUAAUCUGUGUACUAGAGUGCCAUGUCAUUAAUCUGUGCAUCAUGAUCUUCAACUGUCAGUAGUUGAGAGAGUAAAGCAGUGAUCAACGCAGCUCUUGUAGUGGACUGAUCUGUGCUGCUGUCUUGCUUCUGAUCAUAUACUCCAAUAAUAACGGUUGUUAACUCAAAAGCGCGCAUCAUAAAUCAUAAUAGUGUAAAGUUCAUUCUCCAAACAAAAAUCUCAAGAACCUAAAAAAAUAUUCUCUCUCCUCCUAUCUGGUGAGUGGUGAGGCGAUUGUGUUGAGUUCACUGUUUUCCAUCUCUUUGACUUGAGAUCUCAGUUAGACCUAGUUAUUGGACAGGGUAUUCCAAUGGAUAUCGGGUUAGGAUCAAGUUAAUAGGGCUUUUAUUGGGCAGGGCUCUUAUUGGACAGGGCCUCUAUUGGACAGGGUCAUUAUAGGGUCAAACUUAUACUACAAUUAUUUUGAACAUUAAAAUAGUAAUGAUACAAAAAAUUACGUGUAUAGCUUCGUAUUUACUUGUACUUGCACAUGGCUCUUUUGUUUUUCAUUUUUCAUUGCUCGUUUAUUGACCCGCCCACUAAUGACCCGCUAUUGACCCGCGACCCGCUUUUGACCCGCCCAUUAUCGACCCGCUAAAAAUGACCCUUUCAAUACCCGACCCUCUUUUGACCCGCACCGACCCUGACCCGCCCCGCCCGAUAACCAGGUCUAAUCUCAGUCCGUCUGAAAAUCGAUGAUCGCUCGUCGGUGUUGGAGGGUGAAUUUUGCUCAACUGGUGGUGGCAAUUUCAUAAUCUUCCCGGGUCUGAUUUUACAUGCAAUAAGGUUCCCGGGGAGAGGGGUGUGGAGGAUCAGGGAGAAGCUGCACUUAGCUAUAUGAUUAUUGAAGAACAUAAACUCUGUCAAGUCACUGUUAGUAUUGGCAUUAUCUCAUUGUUUCAGCAGUGACAAAUUCGUUGGUCAAUCUUGUUGGUGUUUGGUUCUUUAGGAACUAUGCUCGAAGAAAUCUUGUUCAUGGGAUUGCAGAAUAAUUCGAGAAAGGAAGGACCUGAGCAGGAGACUAAUUUCUCAGAGAAUUUAAGUUGGAAAUAUUUUGCAGCAUAUUUAAGAAGAUCUGCACCCACCCUUGCAUCAAAAUUUGGAUACACACCUAUUGCUCUAAUACCACUGGUAAAAAAUAUCCUACCUAAUGAGGCUCAGAAACCCAGUGCUUUGAUGCAGAAACUGCCACCAGUGGCACCAAGAGUUUUCUUAUUCAAGAAGAAAAAGAUUAAGAAGUUGGUUGGCAUCUAUGCUGAUUGGAUUGAUGAGGAAUCCUUCUUGCCCGUUUGGCUAGUUGAUGUUGUGAUUCUUAGUGAUGAAGAAGACAAUAUUGGUAUUCCUGAUCCUUUCAAAGCGUCAUCUCUAGCUGCACUCAAUGCUAGGUUCAGUAGGCUUAGUUUAGUAGGCUCAAGGAAGUGAGGGUGAUAAGACCUUCGUUGAAGAUUUAGAGAAGCAAGCCCCACAAGAGAAAGCUAGGAAGCAAGGCGGUUUGCAGGGACAGGUGAAAUAAUCUGUGAAGACCAAGCAUCCCCAACUACACUAUGAAUCAAAAUUGUACAUGCUGCUUCAAGGAGGAAGUUGAUAGUUCUCGUACCUAAUUGGAUUCCAGGUUUGGCUGGUCUAUUGAAGCAGCAACAAGGGCAUGGCAGAUUGCAUUGGCAGCCAUGAUCUAGAUAGAAAGAGGAGAAAUCUAGGUCAGCUAAUUAAUUAUUUGGCAAGAGUUGACCUGCGUUGACUUCGUGAAAUAUGUUGAUGUUGGUCUGUUAUUGCUAUUAGCUCAACUUUUCGAAUUGUUUUGAUUUACUUUUUUUUUUUGGUUUUUGCUUUACUUUUGUUGAUUCUAUUUAAAAACACUA